CUCUGUGUGUUAUAUGUGAGGAUAGUUAAACCUGCUUUCCCUCGUGCCAUGGUCCCAAUCCAUAUCAGGAUUCCCAGCAGCUGUAUUUAACCUUUUAUAAAUCUGAGAUCCAGUCAUGAAUUUCCCACAACCCCAUCUUCUUGUGCUGUCAGAAUCAUACACUGCUAUGCCUCAAACAAACCCAAAAAGUGCCAUUUUUUCUAUUUUGUAAAAAAAUGUUACUUUGGUAUUCAUUAGUCUUAAGCUUCUUACAUGUUUUCCCCUAUAUACAUAUUUCUGCCUGGACAGUGGAUAGCCCAAAUAAUAUGUGUAUUGUUUUUAAAUAUUUGUUAAUAACCUUUUACAAGGGGACAAGGGUGCCAGCUUGAAUAAAAUAUUGUGGGGGCCCUGGUAAGCCCCAUCCCACAUAAUCACAUGACACAUUGCACACACACCAUUUGAAUGGGAAUCUCCAUCAACUGUGGGAGGCAGCCCCUCAAAUAUUUUAUUGUGGGAGGCAAAGCCCCCAUGGCCCCUAGGAAUUGGCUCCUGUGCAGGGGGAUUGCAACCAAAAAGUGAUCUAACUAAAUGACCUUGUCCUCCUUUUCCAAUUGCAGGAUGCCUCCGCUGUAGCCAUGUUGUUGCUAAGGCUUGUUGUACUUUGUUGCAGCCCAGUUCCAAGACUGCAUGCAAUGUGGUCAACAUGAGUGCAUUGGCAUUAUUAGAACUCCAAAAAUAUAACUAUGAUGCAAGCUACUCUGCUAAGAGAAAAUGCUCUCAAUUGUCUGGACACAAUAAGAAAGGCAUUGUGUUUGGAUUAUAGAAGCUGCCCAUUGUUCUGGUUUAAAGCUUUAAGGCAAAUCUUUGUUUCAUAACAUCACUGUAAGUUACUUACACUUUCAGGCUAGAAUAUUUAUAAGGCAUUUGAAGCCUCACUGGGGUUUAACUGUUCUUAGAGCAUGGGGCAGCUCCACACUGGUAACAUGAAAGGAACAGAGGUGGCAGAAUUACAGGAUAUGUACAAAAAGUUUGUUCUAGAAUGCCCCAGCGGAGGUCUCCAUUUGCAUGAAUUUAAGCAGUUUUUUGGCAUUACCAGCCAGAGCGAAGCAUCUGAAUAUGCUGAGAAUGCAUUUAAAUCCUUUGACACGAAUGGGGAUAACAUGAUAGACUUUUUGGAAUAUGUAGCAAUUUUAAACCUAGUACUCAGAGGGAAACUUGAGCACAAACUGAAGUGGUCAUUUAAAGUGUACGACACCAACAGGAAUGGCUUUCUUGAUAAGGCUGAACUAAGGAAAAUGGUGAAGUGUGUCUAUAAUGUCAAACAAGGAUGGGCAAGAAAUAUGGAUACUCAGAUGUCAACCCCGGAGGAAGUGUGUAACAGAAUAUUUCAACUUAUGGAUGAAAAUAAUGAUGAACAAGACUCCACUCUACAGAACACUUGCUCUGAAGCAAGGAUGUCAAACUCAAAGAGCUCAGAGGAACAAAUUUCAUGCUUAGUAGAGCACCAGGAGUGUCACAGGCAUAUUUUCACCAACAAAUGUAGAAAAAUUUCACUGAAAGAGUUUGUUGAUGGAGUGCAAAGAGAUGAAUGGGUAAGGAAAAUGUUAAAUAUAGAUCCCACAGAAUGGAUCCUUGAACAUCAAAGAAAAAAGAAUGCAGAUGAAAAGGACCAAACACUGGAGGAAAAAGACAUGUCGUCAGACCUUCCCUAGCAUUGGUUAUUGUAUGUGAAAUAUUUUCAGCAUGAUGGCACUUUGAUCCCAUGAAAUGAAAAGUAUAAAAUGGGCAAAGCCAUUUUAGCUAUUAUAUAAUCUAAGCAGUAGUUAUGAAGUUGAGUACUAUCUCUUGAUCAUUUUUCAGAAUAACAUCUUUCAGCUAACCAAGCAGAAAAAAUAGGUUCCAAGGGUAUGUGAUAUCCUAACAUAUCAGAGAUAUUAACCUGAACAUAUUUCCAGAAUAUUUCUGUCUGAGAACAAUUCCAAAAUAUAUGUAUGUAAUCUGCUUUAUUUAAUCACCAACAUUUAUCUGAUCCUAAUUUAUAUAUUCAAUUCAUAAGGCAUUAAAUGCCAUUCACAGAAGGUUUUUAAAUAGUUCUCCUUUAGGAAGAAAUUAUAAUAGAAUGGAAGUUGUCCCAAAUCCAGUUCCAUUGUUUCCUGGUUAUUCUUUGACCCAAAUCUUGCACCCAUUUUCUCAUAUAUGCAUCCUAGUUCUGAUCAAAGCAUAACCAAAGGUCAUAGAAUCUUGCAAUUAUGCCUUCAUUCAAAUAAGAGAGAAAAAUAAUACUUUUUGAGCACUUGUCACAGUGGGAGAUGAUACUCAUUUGCAAGGAAUAUGUACUGUACAAGGAAACCAAAAGAUAGCCGAAUGAAUCUUGCUACAGAGCUAGUUUAAUAUUUUAGAGUGCUGGCAUGGUUUGGGGACUAGUACUGCAUACAUAUGAGCUUGCAUUUGCACUCUCAUAAAGUCUGUUCAACUCAAUCAUUUUUUCAAUAAAUACAAAAUCAUUUUUAAAAA